UAACGUUUGUGGAAAUGACUCAGGCGAAACGGAGACACACCAUAUUUUCUACUUCCCGCCGAUACCGAUAAUAAGAUUUCGGUAAUGACGUGUUUGUCCAUGGCUAGACGUUGCUGACAUAUACGUGCAGUUGUUAGCGGCAGCGUCAUCUUCUGAUUGGCAGAUUGUGACAUACAUGUAGGGUGUUCAUCAUGGUGAAAACUGGUCACUACAGUCAGCACUACGUGUCGGUCCUGCUGCUCGUCAUCCUGUGUUCUUCCUGCACUUCCGCUGGACCGCAGGAUCCUCAGGAAGGUGCCGGGAAAUCAAAUAUUUUUCUAAGUAUUUUGACCACGCUGACUAACCUGGGGACGCGUGGUGGAGAACUACCGAGUCACAACAUCCAACUCCGCUCUACAGCCGCUAUUGCCAACUUCAGCUCAAGUGCGGUGAGCUCUGAAUCCUCAACAACAGUGCUGCUGACGUGGAACAUCGUACGGAAUGUAACGUUCACUGGGUUCUACUUGGAGUACGAGAUGCUGGACAAACAAGACUACAUCAAGGUCCGGCACCGCGACAUCGAGGACCGGACAGCGCGCUGGUACAAGCUGGACUACCUGCAGGCUGAAUCAAGGUACAGAGUGUGCCUGUUCUUGAAGAAUAAGAAAGCCAUCCUCGGCCGUCAGCAGCGAUGCCUUAUAGUGAACACUACCGACGAUGCCAGCGGUCAGGUCUGGCUGUAUGUCAUCAUUGCCCUGGCGGUGGCCCUGGUCAUCUGCCUGUUCUUUGCCUCCAUCUACUUCCGAUGGGACAAGCACGUGGUCCAGGGGGGAAUCAGAGAUAUGAUGAGGCGCAGGCGUGAGAAGAGGGCGCGACUAAAACAGAGAGGGGCGCUCGGUGACAGCUCGAUGCACCGCCACUCUCGCCUGGGCUUGGCCGGCACCCCGCAGCCGUCUCCCCGCCAGUCUCCCCGCCCGGCUCCCGUGGCGAAAAAGACUGCUCAAAUACCCUGAAUCCAUCAUGCCUAACACUAGAACACACGGCAAAAGGAACACGGCCGAAACCGAAUCUGACAAACUUACUCCAGCACCCUCCUGCACCACUCGGCAAAACUGUCUAGUUCCAUCACUUAAAGACUGUUGAACAAGGGGAAAUGAUAUGUUGCAAAUAGGCUGCCCAAAUCAACCACACUCGAUUGUCUGUGUUAGUUGUUUUAAUACUACAUAAUAUUUGAAGGCUUGUGUGGAAUUGAGUUGUAUGUAUUUUAAAUUGGUGUAAGUGAAAAGUUUAACAUUGAUAAACCAUUCAUUCAUACCAUUCAUUAAUCAUGCAAAGUAGUGAGCCUUUCCAGAAGUCUCUAUUGUAUUUACUAGAACGGUAGCAGAAAAUACAUGCCUGGUGGAACGUAGCCAUUAAUUUGAUGGACAAUUCUUCGACAAUUAUGAUAAUUAAGUCCCGCUUUUGUUGUGUUUUUAUUGUAUGUUGUAAACACAGUAUAAACAUGUAGUUGCUUCAGUGUGUACCCCACUUUAAAUGGGUUUGAAGGUAACUAAGGCCACACUAAUUUAAUAUGUUGUUUCUCGGAUUCGCCUCUGCUUCUGAAUCAACUAAAAUGCUGAUAUUUUGGCCCCAAAAGUUGAGGAAAGUCCUUUUCUUCCUAGCUGUUCCAUUUUUUCCAUCUAUCAAUGCAGUUUAAAAUUCAUUGCUUAGAUAUUAAUCCAGCCUUUCGCGUUGACUUCAUGGCUCCUAUCAUAGCAUUUUGGACUAUCAUAGGAUGCCUAGACCUGUUUUUAUUUUUAUUUUUUUUUGCCCUGUCACUUCAUAUUUUUGUGUGAAAAAAUCCGAGAACCAACAAAUUGGUGUGGCCUAAGCAUACGGAUAGGUAAUAAUUAAUAUCAGUUGGAGAGUUUACGUGGAAGGGUACUCCUGGAGGACUUAAGAAUAAUAGGAAUGAAAUUUCCUUUCGGAAUAUCGCGGUGCAUGUUGUCUGCUGAGAACAUAGUGGUGAAGAGGUGAGCUCUCAACCUCCAAAAAAAGGACUAACGGCACAUAUGAUAAAAUGUUUGCAAUAUCAAUUGUCCUAGUCUGUCUUACAAAGAAAACUUGUUUAGAUAGGUUUAUUAUUAGCAAACAUUUAUUAUUAGGAAACAAAAGUCUUCUAUCUACGCGUUGACAAUGAAGAACUCAGCUCUGCUGUUUCUUAAGAUGUUACAAUUGUGAAAUAGACAGACCUUGAUUUGAGGUUAAGUUUUCAAUCAUAUAUUAUCAUAAUUAAUUGCUUGUGUAAAAUGGAGAUGUACUUCAGACAUCCAUUCUCUUUUGUUCUAUUUUACGCGUAGCCAAACAAUCAACACCGCAGGUCAAUAGCGUAUCGCCACAUCAACAGUGAUUUCUAUGCAUUUGACAACGCAAUUGUUUAUAGAAAGUUUAUUGCAAAUUCUUGCCCGAGGGCUAAUCGCAGUUACAAACAAAAUAAGAAAGAAAAUACAGUGGCAUGUGAGACUAUAUCUACGUCUAGCAUUAUGCUAUAUUCUACAACAUACAUACAUGGUACUAGUUUUAUAUGUCACAUGAUUGGAGCUGUGGCGUGUCCCAGGACUGAUUGGAAUCUGAGUCUCUCCUAGAGCAGGUUGGACUCGGGAUCUGUCCUAGGAAAAUCUGCGAUUCUACUAGAACAUAGCGGAUCACAUGCCCAAUCUGUCAAACGAGAAUUCUACUACUAAGGGCAAAUGAGAAUUCUAUUACGACAAUAUCCUAUUCUACUACGCGUAUAUACCUCCGGGAACGAGGACGCUAACAGUCAUCUUCGACGACGAAGGACUACGUAUAAGAGACGCGUAUAUAUAUGAGAAAUUUAGAUUAAAAUGUUUAGGAAAAUACUGAAUCAUUUCACAACAUUUUAAAUGAUCUUAGCAUAUAGAUCCAUGAACGUGGAAGCCAUCCUAUAUUCAAAUCACGUGAAUGAAUAACAUGACUAUGAAGCUCUUUUGUUUUCAUUGAGCAGAGGAUUUUCUUAUUGAUUAUGCAAAUAGCAUCAUAAUCUACAGUAAUGUAU